AUGCAACCCCUAAACCCUUUCCUCGCCGCCUUCUUCAAGAGCCCCCUCCCUGCCCAGUGCCUUCCCGCCCAGGGCCACAUCCUCCUCGUCCCCUCCACCGAUGUCCUGCUCACCUCCCGCGAGACCGAAGCGCCCCCCGGCGCAAGCCUCGCCGACUCCGUCUCUACCGAAGAGUUCCUCGCCAGCCAUGUCCUGCGAAUCCCCGACCCGGCCAAGCCAACUGGCGCUGCCGCCGCCGGCGGGAAGGAGUCAACUCCCAACCUGCGCGAGAUGAGGGGGAAGGCGAAACAAUAUAACACGAUCAACGGGAGGAACGUUGUCAUCAAGGACAAUGUUAUCUACACCAACAAAGGGUUCAAGGUCCUGGCUUCUGCCAACCUCCUCGGCGACUCAAUUUUCUACUCCGACACGCUGGAACCAAGGGGCUGGCUGAUAUACCACAUAUCGCGACCCUUGGUGGGAUCGUGGGAAGAGAUCAAGAUUAUACCGGCUGUACUCGUCGAGGGAACAAGGAAAGCCAUGGCGGUACAACAGAGUGGCGCGUCACCCGACACCGAAUCGAGCGACUCUGCAAUGGUCCCCAAAAAGAAGGAAAUCAAUAGCUUUCACGACCUGCUGAACCAUUUCCCCGUGAUUGCGCGGCAGAUGCAGUCCGGGCUUGAACGACUCUUCCAGGAAUUCACAGCCGUCAUAGAAAGACCACUUCCACCACCUCCAUCUGCGUCACAUAUCCCGGACCCCUUUCCAGACGGACCGAUAGCUGCGGCAACUAGGAAGGCCAGAUCAAACAGCCUGUCACAACUCCAGGCCUCCCCAAAUGGAAACGGCGGCAAGAGGGUCGUGGAGCCAUUCUAUGCAGAAGACGACGAGGAGGUCCUGAGGGUCUCGCUCGAGACGGCCGUCACCAAUGCGAUCGACUUGUUUCAAAACGUCGACAAGCAACAACUAUCGCUGCUGGGAGCGACGACUGAGCUCACAGGGCCGGUGGUAGAGCGCUUGAUAGAGCGCUACGUCACGGAGAAUGUGCAUAACAUGCUGUUCCCCAGGUUAGCGACGUUGAAGAGACCGGAAGACCUGGAGCUCGAGGCCAAGAUCCGCCAGAUGGAUUUCGUUGACGUUUCGCAACUGGGCAUCGUGAUCGAAGGUGGUCACCGGGGCAAGCAGGCACUCAUCUCCAGGCUCGCGCGAGCCAUCGAUGAGUUCAAAAAGAUCACAAAUGCCGGCAGCCCGCCGGAGAUGAUGGAUAUCUUGUUGUCCACAAUGAAAUCAAUAACGCAGCUGGGCGACAUACCUCCGAUGCCUGGCAACCGAUCGAUAAGCUCCACCUCGGAGAAAGGAAUCCUCAACAUGAACGCCGACACUCUUGUAUCACUGCUACUCUUCAUUUUGAUCAGAGCACAAGUCAAGCAUCUGCAGGCACGUUUCUUGUACAUGCGCCACUUCAUCUUUGUCGAUGAUGUGGAUAGUGGUGAGAUGGGGUACGCUCUCAGUACAUUUGAGGCCGUGUUGCUGUAUCUUGACCGCGACUCGGCCGGACUCCGAAGAGCAAGUCGGCGCAACAAGUCGUUGUGGGACGCUACCGCUCAAGGAGACUUGGAAACCUUGCAAAAGAUCAUGGAACCGAGCGGGGACGCCGUCGCAGAUGCUCUCGAUGAGGAAGAGGCCGCUGCAGCAUCCUCGAGGCGUUCAAGCCGGCGAACUUCUACAAGCAGCAACUGGAGUUUUGCGAAUGGCUCCUCCAGACCUUCCUCGGCCGCGCUCAGUACUUCUGAGCGCUUCUCUCUGGGAUCUGACCUCAGCCACGUCUUCCCAUUCAAUAAACAAGAAGAGGUUGACAGCGCUACAGAUGACAUCUUCCCUGUCAGGAAGAUCAAGAGGGUAACUAUGGACAUGCGAAGCCUAUCGAGCUCUUCUGAGAUUUCUUUCCACUCUCGAACCGCGAGCAUUGGCACCAUCGGCAGCGGGAUCGAAGGCGAUACAUCCAUCGAGCGCCUGUCCCAAACACAGGAUUCUUUCGGCGAAUCGGUCUUGAUGAUGGCCGUCCAGAACGAGCGUCCAGAGACACUGAAGUAUUUGUUGGACCUCAAAUCUUAUUAUACGCCGUCCAUUGUCCUGUCAGACAGUAAUAAUGAGGGGACCACUCUUCUCAGCGCUGCCGUACAGCUGGGCCAUGAAGCGCUCACCAACAUCCUUUUGAAGUUCAUGGCUGACGAGCCUACUAUCACGGAGGAGCACAUGAGGGCGUACUUCGCAAAGCAAGACGUAUGGGGCCGCAGCGUGGCUCACUACCUGUUCCAUGCACCCUACCUUAUUGUCGAUUACGGGAGGAUGAUGCCGUGGACCCAGAAAGACAAGAACGGCCAGACACCCAUAUUUGCCAUCUGCCGGUCAUACGACCAUGCACUAUACCACACCAUGGUGCAGCAAGCUCUGGAGAUCGCAAGAGAUUGUCAAGGUGACGGACAGCCUCUUCACCUCGAUGAUCACAUUGAUGGAAAAGGCAACACGCUGCUGCACAUUGUUAAUGACGCCCAACUUUGCCUGCGAAUAUUGCAAAAAUGUGACGCAGAUGUCAACGCUAUCAACGACAGGAAAUUCACGCCACUGAUGGUCGCGAGCAAGUACGGCCGUUUCGAUGUGGUGCGCGCUUUCUUCGGCGACGCGCGAGUGGACAUCACAGCCAAGGAGCUGCGAGGCCUGACGGCUGUGGACUUGGCCAAGGAUGACGAUGUCCGAAAUAAGAUAGACGACCUCGUUCUCUUUGCUGCGCCUCCAGGGACUGACUCCCGGACGACUGCUGUCGUCAGGUCAUACUUUGUGGAAGAUGCCAGUGUGCGAUUUGUUCUGAAGUCAGGCGCACCGGUAGACAAGCACAGCUACGCAGUUACCACGUGCAGACGAUCUCUCACAGACUUCGAACACCUGGCGAAGCUCUUGGCCAUGGAGAACCCGGCGUCGUGGAUACCGUCCUUCGCCGCGCUGCGGUCCCCGUUUCAGAUCCCGGUCAAACCCAGCCGGGCGGUUCUCAAGGACUUGCAGGUCCGCAUGGAUUGGUUCCUCCGCAUCCUCCUGGCCCACCCGACGUUCGCGACCCACGAGAUGCUGUGGGAAUUCUUCCUGGUGCCGGACCUCCAACCGGACAUGAUGGAACAGCGGAGUAAACUUAAGGCUGAGACUCGCGCGGAAAAGGUCCGCGACGAAUUCGAGCCGCUCGAAGAUAUUCGUGAGGUCGAGCAGUUCGUAGAUCACGCCCGCGAGAACGUCCGCGGCGUCAAUCACUCGACCAAGAGUGUUGCGCGGCGGACGAACAUCGUGGGCAACUCUGCUUUCGAUCUCUACGACUCAUCAGUCUUACUCCACCGGGCAGUAGCAACAUUACCUUUCCUCCCGAAGACGCACGUCACAGCAUUUGAGACCUACGUCCGCGCGCUGGCCCCGACAACAGUCAACCCUUACUCCACCCUUCACUCAACCCUUCUGGCGCUACAGUCUACCAUUGAUGCUAUCCUCUCAGCUCUCGCCCGCCCGCCGCGGCUCAUCAACCAAAUCAACGUAUCGCGUCGUACCGUCGAGCGAAACUACUCAUCUCUCAGCCGCUCCACGCGUUGGCCACUGGGUCUCCUUGACGACACACGCCAGCGGCUUAAUGAGGAGCGUGAGGAGCGCAUGCGUGCCGGCCAGGCAGAAGUCAACAACUUGUCGCGUGAGCUGAGGUAUACGCAGCAGACGGUGGCGAUGGAGCUUGCCGGCUGGCAGGACAUGCAUGAGAGAAUGGGGAGGAGGGCCAUCAGGGAGCUUGCCAGGGGCAUGGUGGUGGUGGAGAAGAUGAGGCUGGAGGGCAUGAACAGGGCACUGCGGAAGCUGAACGAGGUCAGGGUUGAUGCCGGCACAUUAUCAGAUGAUCUAGAGGCCCCUGCUGGGCUCGACAUCCGUGUUGAUAGUGGUGUCGCCAACGAUGCUGCCGGGGGCUACGCGGGCCUCAACGCGCCCAUCGCGCUGGCCGGGCUCGAGAUCCAGGCGGACCGCAAGACUAACGCUGAUCCGAGUGCCCCGACGACAUCGCCAGGGACAGACCGAACGGUCCAGGCCUCACAGCCGGAUACUACUGGCUCGAGGAUCGAUGCUCCGCUACCACCGUUACCGCCAGGGGAAGCACCGAGCCCUACGGAGACCCGGGGAGAGAGCGGCACUGGCGCGGGGGCAGCAGAGCAAGGCGGCGGUGCGAACACAUGA